UUUAGUGUAGUUUUCGUGAUAUACAGAAGCGGCACGAUGGAGCUGCCUCCAUUGUCGAUUGAAGCCAAACGGUUGUUGGUGUUGAAAACAAUCCUACACGACCCGGCGGCGGCUGAUCUACGGCUUUCGCUGUUCGUUUCGGCUGCCCGAUCCUUCCGGUACGAUUCCUGUCUACAGCCAUUUCCACCAGAUUUCAUGCAAAACAAUGAGAAAUGUAUUGAUCAGCUGUGUCAAGUGCUUGAUACUGUACCGUCGGUAGCGGAUCUUCCAGCAGGGCUUCACACGCUCGGCGAACAGACGAUAGGUCUGUUGCACUGGAUCCUUUGUCGACAGGCCCGUCCUGCACUGCGUACCGUACCGAAGCCCCAGUUCGAUGAAGUACUCAGCAAAUGUCCCUGCUACGCCAAAUAUGCCGUGCCUAACCACAUCUUCGAAGUGCUAUACCGGGAAAAUAAUUCCAGUGAACGAGCAUUUCAGGAUCAUGCGACAGAAUAUCGAACGCGACAUGCAUUUCACGGCAGUAGACUAUUCAACUUCCACUCCAUACUGCACUACGGUCUGCAGCAACACCUUAACAAAGUAUCCCUGUUCGGUGAGGGCAUCUAUCUGUCCGCGGAGCUGCAGGUGAGCCAAAUGUUUUCGCCGAAUGGCUCCGGUUGGAACAAAUCCAUCCUGGGGACACAAUUGGCCUGCAUUGCGCUCUGUGAGUACGUCGACAAUCCGAACUAUGUCAAAAGUCAAGAAGAUACACCACCCUCGGCUGACGAUGGAAGGACACCCGCCACAGGCACCAACGACGGUUCAUCAAUCAUGACCGCCUCGCUGACUGGCAACGGAAGCAUCCCGGAACGUUAUAUUCUAGUAAAGAACAACGAACUGGUGCAAAUACGCUAUUUGCUACUGUAUGGAACCACCAAAGAUAACAACACCACUGCCGUACCGGGCGGACCACAGUCGACGGCAGACGCCUUGUACGCGCUACCGGCCAGACCGCCCCCGUACCAGUUGCGCCAUCCACCGAGUCGAUUCAUUCAGUGGAUCGCCAACAACAAAGGUUUCGUGCUGAUCGGUGGAUACGUUGGGUUGCUCCUGAUUGUCGGGUUUAUCAACAGUCGAAAUGCACAUUUCGUGAAGGAAAUGUUUCUGCAGAAGCUAAACCAUGUGUACAAUGCGGUGCUAGGCUAUCGUGGUAAAGAGUAGCAGAAACUACCGGAAGCUAACUGC